AUGGUCUUGGUACCCACCGCGGUGCUCAUUGCGUCCGUGGCUCUCGUGAUACCGCUGGCGAUCGCCGCAGUGGUUUCGGCGACCGCCCUGGGUCUGCUACAGGUGGCGCUGGUUUGGCUCCUCGGCAUCCGGGCCUGGCCGCCUCCGUUGUCCCUGGUCGGUUUCACCGCGCCCGGCACGUCGCGUUUCCUGACCGUACUGCUUUGCUUGGCCGCCGUGAUUUGCAGUCUUGGGUUCGCCCAGCUGUACACCAUGACGGCGAUAGCGUUGGGUUGGGACUUCCUGAUGCCCCCGGAACUGCCCGCCGGCCUGUUGCUGCCCGGGGGAUUCGUCGUCGUCAGCGCUCUCGCCCUCGCGGUGUGGACGCCGAUUGCCGAGGAGGCGUUCUUCCGUGGGUUCGUGCUGCGCGGCAUGGCCAACCGAUGGGGUUUCGCGCCGGCUCUGGUGGUAUCCGCCGCGGUCUUCGCAGCUCUGCACCUCUCUCCGGCCUUGCUGCUGCCGGUUUUCGUCACCGGCCUGUUGUUGGGUUUCCUGUACCUGCGGACCGGCUCACUUUGGCCGUGCAUCGCGGUCCAUGCUGCCCAGAACCUGGUUGCCGUGCUGACUGCGUGGCUCGCUUUGUAG